AUGCAUUCCUCCUACGAACAAGCGAUGGAGUCGCUCCGCAUCAGUGAUCCGGACCUUCAUCAGAAGCUCACAGCCGCCCUCAACCAGAUCACUGAUCUUCCGACCAGCGACUAUCGUGAAAAGCUUGUCUCCGGCCUCAACGACAUUCGACAAGCCGCCGAGGAUCCAUGGGAGGAGGCUUUCGAGAAAGAGGAAUCGUGGGUGACGCAGCAGCUAUGCGGAGUGAAGGGUCAUGCGGUCGAGGCGUUGAACGACAUUGCCAUCAUCUUGCAGGAGCAAGUUCACAAUGUGCGCGCCUCACUUGGUCAGUACGGAGCGACUAUUUCCGACUCCGCCUUUCUGAUCACGUGCUUCUUUCUCGACGGCCUACUUCCACAUCGAAGACAUCUCCCCACGUCCGGCUUCUCCAAGCUUUCAUGA